AUGGCGGAAUACGAGGUCAAAUAUGAACCGAACGGCUAUUAUGGGGAAGCUGGUGCCUAUGAGAUGGACGCUGGAGAACAAGAUAUCACAUCUGAAGACUGCUGGAAAGUCAUCAGUUCGUUCUUCGAUAUCAAGAAGUUGGCGUCUAUGCAGAUAGACUCAUUCAACCAUUUCAUGCGCUCGGGUCUGCAAGAUCUAGUCAAUGAAAAGGGUGGUGUUACCUUGGACCAUGCACAAAAUGUGGAUGAAAAUGAUCCGAACCCAGUUGUUAUCAAGAGGCAUGAAGUCAAAUUCGGCAAGGUCACACUCAGCAAGCCGAACCAAGUCGAACCUGAUGGCACUACGACAGACUGUAUGCCUCACGAAGCACGCAUGAGGAGUCUGACAUACGCGAGUCCAGUCUACGUUAAGAUGACCAGACGGACAUACUACGCAAAAGAGCGCCCAUGGGAUGAGGACGACAAAGACUCGGGCGUCAUGAAGGAGGACGGCACUGAGCUCUUCUGGAGAGAGGGCGAAGACGAAGAUGACUUUGACAGUGACAAAGAGGUAUACAUUGGAAAGAUACCCAUCAUGGUCAGGAGUAUGACCUGUCACUUGGUGAGCGAGAAAUUCCAAAGCGAGAGAGAUCUCUUCGCAUGGGGAGAAUGCCCAUAUGACCAGGGAGGCUACUUCAUCAUCAACGGCAGCGAGAAAGUGCUCAUCGCUCAAGAACGAAGUGCUGGAAAUAUCGUCCAAGUCUUCCAAAAGGCAGCGCCUUCCCCGUUCACCCACCUUGCAGAAAUCAGAUCCGUCAUCGAUCGUGGCGCCCGCAUGAUGUCUCAGUGCACAGUCAAGCUCUUCCGCAGAGUGGAUGGGCCCGAUGGCACCAAGAUCGACAACCCGAUCCGAGUCCAACUACCAUAUGUCAAGCAGGACAUUCCUCUCGUUAUUGUCUUCCGAGCCUUGGACAUAGUCUCUGAUGCCGAUAUCCUGGAGAAGAUCUGCUUUGAUCAAAGCGAUAAAGAAAUGAUGGAUAUGCUGAUGGGCUCACUCCAAGAAGGUCAGGCCAUCCAGGGUGCAGAUCUAGCUCGAGAUUUCAUUGCGCGCCGAGGCAACAUUCCGACUUUGAGAAGCCAUGAACGGCAGAAGCAUGCCACAGACAUCCUGCAGAAAGAGUUCCUACCCCAUAUCGGACAAAGCCCAGAUGCUACCGCUAGAAAGGCAUUCUUCCUAGGCUAUAUGGUCAACCGAUUGCUGAAAUGCGCCCUCGGGCGUGCGGAACCGGACGAUCGAGAUCACCUUGGAAAAAAGCGACUCGAUCUUGCUGGGCCUCUCAUGACCAACCUCUUCCGUUUACAAUUUGACAAAGCUACGAAAGAUUUCUACAGAUAUAUGCAGAAGCGCGUGGAGGCAGGCCAGCCCAUCAAUAUCAUGGCCGGCUUCAAACAUCCCAUCAUCACAAGCGGCUUGAAGUAUUCGUUGGCUACUGGUAACUGGGGCGAUCAAAAGAAACUAGACAAAGCGAAAGCUGGUGUUUCUCAAGUGCUCAGCCGCUACACUUUUGCGUCUACUUUAUCACAUCUUCGUCGUACCAAUGCUCCAAUCGGUCGAGAAGGUAAAAUUGCAAAGCCUCGUCAACUCCACAACACUCACUGGGGAUACGUUUGUCCGGCUGAGACGCCCGAAGGUCAGGCUUGUGGUCUGGUCAAGAACUUGUCUCUUAUGUCGAUGGUUACAAAUACUUACGAGACUGCUCCUCUGGUGAAUUAUAUCCUCACCAAACAUGUCGAAGCAUUGGAAGACUGGGAACCUAGAUUGAAUCCUCAGGCGACCAAGGUCUUUGUUGACGGUGUGUGGUUUGCGGUAGUCCUACGCGACCCGAAACGUCUCGUUGAUGACCUCCGCAAACUACGGAGAAAGGGCGUGUUUGAUGCCCAAGUAAGUCUGGUCUGGGAUAUUCGAGAGAAAGAGUUCAAAGUCAAUGGUGACUCGGGCAGAAUUGUUCGUCCCCUGUUUGUUGUUGAAACCGACCCGGCAUCAGAAAACCGUGGCAACUUAGUGCUCAACAAGGAACACAUCAACAAGCUUGAUCAGACUGCCUACCUGAAGGAAAGCGGCUUUCAGUGGACUGAUGAAGUCAGGCCAUACGGUUGGAACAAUCUCCUCGAAUCCGGCGUUGUCGAAUACCUUGAUGCCGAGGAGGAAGAAACUGCAAUGAUCAUCAUGACCCCUGAAGCUCUAGCCGAUUCCAAAGCAAGAUGGAUGGGCAUGGAGAUAGAGGCCGAAGAUGACCCUUUGAGGAGAAACGACCCUCUGCUCAACCCGUUCUCGCACACCUUCACUCACUGCGAAAUUCAUCCAAGUAUGAUCUUGGGCGUCUGCGCCAGUAUCAUUCCAUUUCCCGAUCACAAUCAAUCACCUCGUAACACCUACCAGUCUGCUAUGGGUAAACAGGCUAUGGGUGUUUUCCUCACCAACUUCGACCAACGGAUGGAGACCAUGGCAAAUAUCUUGUACUAUCCUCAGAAACCGCUUGCCAGAACGAUGGCUAUGGACUACCUGAAAUUCCGAGAACUUCCUGCAGGACAAAAUGCCAUUGUCGCCAUCGCGUGUUAUUCGGGUUACAACCAAGAAGAUUCCGUCAUCAUGAAUCAGAGCUCGAUCGAUCGUGGUCUCUUCCGUUCGCUGUUCUACCGGACCUACCAGGACUCGGAAAAGAUAGUCGGCCACUCCGUGGUGGAGCAGUUUGAGAAGCCCACAAGAGCUGAUACGCUUCGUCUUAAGCACGGUACAUAUGACAAGAUUGACGAGGAUGGCAUUGUCGCUCCUGGUGUCCGGGUGAGCGGAGAAGAUAUCAUCAUGGGUAAGACCGCUCCAAUGGCACCAGAUGCCGAAGAACUUGGUCAAAGACAGAAACAGCAUAUUAAGCGAGACGUGUCAACACCCUUAAGAUCUACGGAGUCUGGCAUUGUUGACCAGGUAUUGCUCACUACUACCAAUGAAGGCCAUCGGUUUGCCAAGGUCAGAGUUAGGACAACCAAAGUGCCUCAAAUCGGCGAUAAAUUUGCAUCUCGCCAUGGUCAGAAGGGUACAAUUGGUAUCACAUACCGUCAUGAAGAUAUGCCUUUCACACGAGAAGGCAUUGUGCCCGAUCUGAUUAUCAACCCGCACGCCAUUCCCUCUCGCAUGACGAUUGCGCACUUGAUCGAAUGUCAGCUUUCAAAAGUAGCGACACUUCGCGGCGAUGAAGGGGAUGCCACGCCCUUUACGAAAGUCACCGUGACCCAGAUCUCCGAGUUGCUCAGACGAAUGGGCUACCAAUCUCGAGGCUUCGAAGUAAUGUACAAUGGGCAUACUGGGCGCAAGCUCGUCGCACAAGUCUUCCUCGGCCCUACCUACUACCAGCGUCUAAGACAUAUGGUCGAUGACAAAAUCCACUCCCGCGCUCGAGGUCCAACCCAAAUCCUGACCCGACAGCCCGUCGAAGGUCGUGCUCGCGACGGUGGUCUCCGUUUCGGUGAAAUGGAACGCGACUGCAUGAUCGCACACGGUGCCUCUUCAUUCCUCAAAGAACGCCUUUUUGACGUUUCUGAUCCUUUCCGCGUGCACAUUUGCGAUAUCUGCGGAUUGAUGACGGUGAUUGCGAAACUCAAGAAGAAUACCUUUGAGUGCAAGAACUGUAACAACAAGAAUCGGAUAAGUCAGAUUUACUUGCCUUAUGCGGCGAAGUUGUUGUUCCAGGAACUGUGGAGCAUGAAUAUUGCGGCAAGGUUGUAUACGAAGAAAGGAUAG